AUGAUGUUGACGGAGGGCACUGGGGAGAGGGAGGAGGCAGAGGAAGAAUUGGUGAAGGGACACGAAGGUCAACGACACUGUUUAGUGAUAAAUAAAAUGGUUUUGAAAACUAAAAAAGUGUGCCUUCACAAGCACGUCGUACAGUGGGUUGAAAAGCUUAGGAGUAAGGGACAUUUGGAGCAUGAAACAGCUAAGUUAAACCUAGUGAAAGUUUACCAAUCUCACCAUUUGUUCAUCACCCUUUUGUUUCCUGCAGAAAAUUUCCAAAAUUCAUCUGUACUUGGAACUGCAAAUUCUCUUCAGCUCUCUCUUCCUGUGGUGAGCCAUGCAGCUUCUAUAACAGCUGGAAGUGUCUGCAACUUUUCCAGCACCCCUGCUCCAGCUGCCAAUUCGGCAUGGCUACUGCCAUCAGCCUCUGGCACUUCUUUCCAGCCACUCAUAGGUAGUGCCUACCCUUACCAACAUUCUAGCACAGCUAUGUUGUCUGGGGUUCCUGGCCAGAGCCAGAUCUCCACUUCAGCUACCUCCUACCCAGGUAUUCUGAAGUGGGAUAUCACAGGAAGCACUGAAACAAAGUCAUCUUCACUCGAAGACUACACGGUCACUGCCAUUGAUCGAGACACACCUCUUCCUUCUACAUCUAUGGCAGCCCAGAAUGAGAAAACUGCCCAUACUGUGGUCCCUCUGUAUCCAUCACUGUCUGCCAGCCUUGUUCAGGGGACACCAUCUCAGAUUCCAAAUCAGGGGCAUAGUCUGUCCCUUCCUUACCAGGAGGGAAGCCAGAUGUAUUACUAUCAUCAAGGCACAUCGAGGCCUCUACUGUCAGGAGAGCUUGGCCCCUGCCUGCAGUCCUAUGGCUCUGUGUCGUACAUGGGAAGUAGGGCCUGUGCCCCUCAACCAGAGAUAGUGAUGGUGCUGGAGGAGGUUCAGCCCACAAAUGUCCUAACACCAGUCUCCACGUCUGGAACCUACUACUCGGUGUCCGCUCAAUCCAUCACAGAAACAGGUUUUCAAGUGAUGGAAACUUCCCUGGGGAUGGAGACGUCCCUGGGAUUGCAACCUCCAAGCCAGGGACAAGCAGAGAAUAAGAAUUUGCAUGAGAGGAAAACCAAGCUUUCAAAGCCUCUGGAUGCCUACCAGAUCCCAAUAGAAAACGAAGAUCUUCCACUACUCCCUUUAAAAAUCCCCGAUAUUCGCCAGAUUCUGGCCUGCAUUGAUCCUCCUGUGAUGGAAACUUCCCUGGGGAUGGAGACAUCCCUGGGAUUGCAACCUCCAAGCCAGGAACAAGCAGAGAAUAAGAAUUUGGAAGAGAUGAAACCCAAGCUUUUGAAGCCACUGGAUGCCUACCAGAUCCCAAUAGAAAACGAAGAUCUUCCACUACUCCCUUUAGCAAUCCCCGAUAUUCGCCAGAUUCUGGCCUGCAUUGAUCCUCCUGGUCAAAAGGAACACCCUGGUCCUGACAAUGCCAAUGUGGGGAAGAAAAGCCUGAGUCUUGAGGACCAAGGGACACUUGAAAAUGGGAUUGAGUCCAGUAGUGGUUUUACAGACACCACUAAACUGGUGGAAGAUAUCCACCUUCUCCAGCAAUUGAAUUCCAUGAAAUAUCUUGACCAAUCCAAAGAUCUCACAGCCAUCAAAGCCAAAGACACCGAAGCCAUCAUGAUGAAUCAGGUGCAGGACAAGCCGUGUGUCAUAAAAUGUCCCUCCAAUCAGGUCAGGAAGAAUAGGCGUAAUGCCUCUGAGCCUAUCAGUGGUGCUCCCAGAGCCAAAAGCCAGCCACAGAACCCAGAGUGCCUGUUAGCGGGAGAAGUGGUUGUUUGCAGUGCUGCAGUCAGUGACGGGGCUCCUGUGAAUGUGGCCAAGCAUCCUAACAGUGAACCUCAGAAAGCUGCCUCCAGAAGGACCUGCAAAACUGAGAGCCACGGGCAGGAAAAAAAGAGGAGAAGCCGAGAAAAUCCCUCCAAGAAAGCUGGUGAGAGUAAGCAGCCAGGGAACAAAGUCCAGGCAGAGGAGAAGCCAACUAUUCCCAGGAAGAACAGGAAGAAAAAUCAACCUGACCUUAGCCAAGAGGUCUUUAAAAAGCCUCGAAGCAGCCUAGGCAUGCACAUGCUGGAGUCUGUGCAGGUUUUUCAUGCACUGGGGAAGAAGAUUGACAAGAAAGCUGGGCUCUCUUCCUCUCGGGCCCUAGGAAACUCUAGCAACACUAGACAACUCCAGCCAGACCGAGCUAUCACACGACAGCAGGAUACUCCGUGUAAGGGCAAAAGUCCUGAGAAAACUCAAGUCAAAGCCCAGAAACGAGAUGGCAGUGCUGNGAUGAAUCAGGUGCAGGACAAGCCGAGUGUCAUAAAAGGUCCCUCCAAUCAGGUCAGGAAGAAUAGGCGUAAAGCCUCUGAGCCGAUCAGUGGUGCUCCCAGAGCCAAAAGCCAGCCACAGAACCCAGAGUGCCUGUUAGGGGGAGAAGUGGUUGUUUGCAGUGCUGCAGCCAGCUCCCUGCUCCUGGCUCCCCUGGCCGGCCUGGCGCCCUGGCAGCUUUCAGUGGCCGCUGCUCCACUGCUCUUGCUGCUGCUCCUGCUGCUGCUGAGCCUCGUGCAUGGUGCAUCAGCAGAGUGUGUGGUGAAAAAUGGCAAAGGGACAGCUUGUAUAAUGGCCAACUUCUUGGCCGACUUCUUGAUGAACUGUGAUACUAAGAGUGGCUCUAAGUAUGUGAACUUUGACCUGCUGUCAAAUGCAGAAGUGCUAAAUAGUAUCUCUGUUGUGAAGAGAAUACUUCUGACCUCAGUCUCAUGA